CCUACCAACAGGCGGCGCCUCUGCUGGUAAAGCGGUCUUUUAAAUAAGACAAGUUUAUACUUCUAUAUAAAUACAUUUCAGUUUUUUUUAAUUGAAUUCGGAUGUCUCGCUUUUUACCAGUUUUAUUUUUUUUUCACUCUAAUUGUCAGUUGGUUAAAUUUAUACAAUAACUGGAUUUUAUCAAAAAGCUUGCGUGUUUUAUUUCUGCAUCUCUAAUUAGACAACUGUAGCAUCAAAUACAUAUAACAAAGUUAAUUGCUCCAUAAUGUUUAAAUAUAUCAGUUAACUUCUGCUAUUGUUUUGUAUUAUUUUAUUUUCAGCACAAUGUCCACUCCAAUGUCUCCAGACUUUAGCCGAUGUUUGCUGUCCAACACUUCUACACCAAAUGAUAUCAAAGAUACACCACUUAGCAAGAAGAGCAACAACAACCGCACAGCAUCUCCUUUUGAGAAGAAUGGAUAUCUUAUUAGAUCUCUGUUACCCAGUCCUUACAAUAAGUCUUUGGUGUCUGCUCUUUCAUCAGCUUCCUGUUCUGCUCGCUCCAUAUUAAUGCAUAGCACACCUCAAAGUGUCAAAGACCAGUAUUCUAGACACCAGCAUCUCUCAACUCCACAAUCACAAGUAAAAAACCCUUUUGAAAUAGCACUUAUUAACCAGUUGAGCAGUUCCUUGGUUUCUCCUGGAAUUUUCAAUAUGGCAACUCCAAAUUCCAACGAAAAGAAUUUUGAGUGGACAAUUGACCAACUGGCUACUUUACAUCCAGUUGAAAUUGAUGAAAAACCUCAGUAUAAGUCCACAUUCAAUCCUGCAAUAGAGACAAAGGCUCAGGAAGCCAUAGAGCAAUAUUUUAAUACUCGUCUUGUUGUACUUUCUCCAAUAGAAAAUGAAAAAUCAGUUCAGAAUGAAAAUGCAACUAAGAAAUCUGUUACUAUUGGUUGCCAGACAUGUUUAACUUUACCAUUAGACUUCAAUAUCAAUAAGGUUUUAGGACAAUAUAUGACUUAUGAAGAGAAAAAGACUGAUGCUGAAAAUAGCCAGUCAGAAUCGUUCAGUACUGCUAGUCUUCGGCGCAAACUGUUCUGUCAAGAGUUUCAGGAGAGUGACAGUAGUUCAAUGGACAGCAAUAUGGCCAGAUCAGAUGAGUCCUUAAAUGAGUGUGAUAUACCUCCUGCUCCUAUACCCACCACACCUGACUGGGACAGAUGUGCUUCAAUAAAUCCAUUAUCUUCAAGUCCUGUGAGUCAUCGUAGUCGUCGUUACAAAUCAUAUAUAGCUGGAGAUGCUUUAGACUGCAGUGGAACCGUCUUAUCACCAAUUCACCAGCUAUCAUCUCCAUUGUCAACCAGAUCUCGAUCAAAUUUCCGUCGACAUUCUUUAGGUUCUUUAGAAGAUUCUAGCAAGCGUUUAUUUAGUCCUUGUGUAUCACCAAUUAAUUUAGAAAGUCAUUCAUCAGAAAUGGCUUCUCUCAAUAUAUCAGAUGUUCCAAUGGAAAGUUCAAUGAAAACUCCAGUUUCUUCACCUUGUCACAAGCAUUCUAAAAACAAUACAAACUGCUUAAAACCCAGUUGCCUCGAAGGAAUGUCACCUUUGUUUUCAUCAGUUCAAAAAGAAAUUGAAUUGGUCAAUUCUAUUAAAAUUGACUCAGACAGCAUAAGAACUACUUUAGAAGAAGUAAAAACAUCAAAGGAAGAAUCCUCUUUACAAAAUAUGGUUCAAAGACAUACUUCCCCACUGUCUUCUAACAUUUAUACUGCCAAAGAGACAGUCGAAAUUCCAUCAAACGAAGCCCAACUAUUUUGCAACAAGAAAGUGCCUGAAGCUCAACCAAAAUGUAACAUUUCAAUGAAUUUUUCUGAAAUGACCAGUGUCUUAUCUACCUCCAAUAAUUUUAGCAUGAUGCCUUCCAAGUUUGAAGUGACUAAUGUAGAUAGCUUGCAGAGUGUGUCGACAUCUCAACAAGAUACAGGAUACAUGUCAUACAAUGUUGGCUCACGUUCAGAAAUGUCUCAAACUUCUAAAUCAGGCUUCAUGGGCACAUCAUCACUACAAGACAAUGCAGAUACAGAUAAGUAUAUUAUAGAUCAGUCUUCUCAUUUUAAACCUACUUCACUAAUUAGGAGCAGACUACAUGUAGAAAAGACUAUUGCAGACAAAUCUAAUCUUGAUUAUGCAGAUGUAGUUGAGCGAGCUCACAAGAUGCUAAAUUUAACACCUAGCAUACCACAAAGUGACAAACUGCAUCUUGAAACUCUUCUUAAAAAUACAGCUUCUUAUGAAGCUUCAAGUUUCCAGUGGCAUCCUAUUGGAGCUUCAACUCCAACACACAAGACUCUUUUCAAACCUGCAAGUGAAACUGCUGCUGAAAUUCUUAAAAAAGCUCAUGAUGAUCUCUCUCAGGCACUUUAAUCAAAAAAUAUUUUAAACAUCAUCUUUGGAAAUAAUCCAUUUUAUUACUGUUUUAAUGGAAUUUGUUUCAUAUUUUCAUAUUCAUUUGUAUGAUAGUUUGUUUAUAAAUUGUACAGUUUUUUUUUAAAUAUCUUAUAUUUAUAUGACUAAAUAUGUAAAUAUAUCAUCUUAUUUUUUUUAAAUGUAUUUUUUUAAACAUUUUUCUAUUGAAUCAUUAUUUCUAACGAGCUAUCCAUUGAAAUUUAGUAUGUUUAAAAUUGAAUAACAAAAUUUCAUUUGAAUAAACAUCAAACCUAGAACAAUGAAAUUUUUUUCUUCAUAAAAUUAACAUUAUUAUUGUUUUGGGCUUUGCUAAGUGUAUGAGCAAAUCAGUACAGUGUUGAACAAAAUGCUUUUUAGUAUUUUACUUUGUCCUAUUACAUCCCAAGUUCAGAUUCUACUAGUAUUGACUUCGAUAUUUAUUUUAGCAACCAGUAAGGAACAGUUUUGUACUGAAUCCAGUGUAACCCGGUUGUACUCUCUCUUAAAUUUGUUUUCAUUAUUAUGAUGGUUAUGUAUGAUUUUAUGAUGUUUGCACUAGCAUAGCUAGAUUGUGUACUGCCCAGGGCAGCCCUUGUGUAUGAUGCCCCCAGACCCCACAAAAAAAAAAAAAAAAACACAUUACUUACAGCAGACCCAAAAAG